AUGGCGGGGGGACAAGAGGAAACAGAAAAGGGGGUGGAGGAGGAGCUUCGGCAUUCUGGUGUCUCCUCUUCCCCUGAAGAGCCCACCAAGUGUCUCGUUGUACACCCGACGUCCUCUUCAGCAACUUCUUCCUUAUCUUUGUCUCCUGUUUGCUUUCAAUCAAAUGUCACUUCCUCCAUCUCCCUAGGCCCUAAUGAUCCUUCUGGUCGGGGCCUAUACAGGACCAGACGACGUUAUGCAAGCGCUGAGACGUUGCCUAGGGCGUAUUCCAGAGGCCCUACAGUCAAGAGGGGUGCCUCCGUGGGGGCCCCCCUCAGGGGCCCCCCUAGGACCGCGGCAUCUGCAACUGACACGCGCACGCCUGCUGCGGCGCGCGAAGACCUUUUUCCUCAACCUAGAGAAGCGUCUGUUAGUUCACACGUCGCAGUGUCUCCACUGCUUACUGAAGAGAAGAAUCCGUCUCUACAGCAACAGCAGACAGCAGAAGCAACAGCAUCAACAGGCCAUGAAGCUACAACAACACCGCAGCAUGGCAGACGCCCCCGCCUACGCAUGGCCCUGGCGGCCAAACCCCUUCAUCGAGUGCACAAACACUGCACAGGAGCUCCUGAGAGGCAAUUUGCUGCAGCGAGACUUCGGAAGUGGUGUCCCCGUGCUUCUACAAAAGCGAGAGUAGACAGCAGGGUUUACUCGAAGGCCCUCAGUAGGCUGCAGCACCAGCUACUGUCGCCGCUGCAACAAACCCUGCAGACAGAAGCGAGCCGCAAACGGUCUCUGGUUCUAUCCCGGCAGGUGCUGCUGCGAGAGCGGGGGAAGGCCUUUCCAGUGCAUGUACACCACGGAGUCGGGUACUGGACGAAGACCUUCAAGGCCACUCGUGUUGCCAAGCCUACAAAAAGCAGCAACGGGAAACUGACAAGAACAUCCCUGAAAUACAGACACAGAUACAGUAUCCUUGAGGUACAGAGGAAGCAAAAGAAUGCAGAGAAGGCAUGUCGCCAAAACGGCCUAACUCCUGUGCCUCUAAUCCCCCCUGCGGCUGGUGGGGCUGCAGCAGCAGCAGAAGCAGCGGCACCUGCUGCUACUGAUGAGGACUGCAAGUCUAGGGACAACCUGUUCCCUAGAGCAGAGCUCACUAGCCAAGCUGGCGCCGAAGGAGCCCCCACCCCGCUCCGUGAGGUGUCUCGGCAGCUGUGCUCGGGGAUGGAGAGGAAACAAUGCAGACAGAAAGAGAGACAUCUCCCUGUUAUUUUUCAGCCUCUUUUGUGCCAUGCAGCAGCUAAAGAGAGGAGCUCUUCAGACAGUAGCAAACAAACAAACGAAGACCCAAUCAUCACGCCCGCACUAGCACAGGAAGCAGCAGCAGAAGUAGCGGCAGAAUCAGCAGCAGAAGUAGCAGCAUCAGCUGCAGCACCGCAACAAGCACCUCCAUCUUCAUCAGUUGAGACCCCUCAGGAACCUCCGCAGCAAACUGUUUCAGCAAAGGAGGGCCCAGACAGCGCUGGCUGUUCUCCCGACGUGCAACAAGAAAUCCUACGCAGCGAGUUCAGACAAGUACUAAAGAGUUGGAAAUCAAAAGAACAGCUGGCAGCAGCACACAAAAAGAAGCCGCAUGUAGAUCAAGCCUCAAUUCAAACCCUUGAUCAAGGCCUCAACGAAUCAGCAGCCCCGCAACCCCCCACAAGCAGCAACGCCACCCAGCAGGAAGAGCCACCGCAGCACCCUGCCGGGUCUGAACAAACAGCAGACCACCAGCAGCCACCAGAACUUGUAGCAGCAGCAGUAGUAACUGAGUCAGCUGAAGCAGCAGUACCACCGGCAAAAACUGAAGCAGCAGCACCACCGGCAAAAACUGAAGCAGCAGCACCACCGGCAAAAACUGAAGCAGCAGCAGUAGCAGCAGCCGCCUCGCCUACUCCACAAGCUGCAGCCACUUUUCAGGCAGCGACAACCCAAGAGCAGCCAGAAGUAGCCUCCGAAGCACACGCAAAAGCAGCAGAAAUUGAAGAAGCAGAAACUGAAGCAGCAGCAGCAGCUACCUCACCUGGAGUUCGUUUGGCUUUUGCUGUUGCGGUGCCCAAUCAGUGUAAGGCAGCAAGGGAUGAUAAGGAGACAGGAUUCAAAAGAGAGGUAGAAGGAGACAGUGAAACAGUGCAUGAGCUGGAAAGGAGACAGACAAAUCCCUUCGAGUUGCUGGAGCCAACGGUAGCAGCUGAAGAAAGCAAAACACAUGAAGAACAAAACAUAGCAGCAAUUGAAGCAAAGAAUGCAGAGCCACGGUCAGCCCACCCAGAGGGACCAGCUCCUUUUGCGUGCUCACAAAAGCCUCAAAAAAGCAUGCAGCAAGCAACAGAAAAGCUUUGCACUCUGCAGCAGCAGCGGAAAACCGGCGGAGGAAGGUUCCUGUACAGCCUAAUUGAUUCCCUGCCUACCAAGUGGGAAGCCUUCGCUUUGUUUUUAGGAGCUUUGUUUACUUAUGUGUUGGUUUUUGUCUGCACCCGGGGACUGCCACAAGCUCUUCUGCUGCUCUUCUGUUGCUUCUUCGGCCUCCGCAUCCGCUUUGGGGGUAGCAGCAGCAGCAGCGGCGGCAGCUACACAGCCCUGUGGCUACUGCUGCUGCAGUUACUAGUGCUCGUCAGCCUCUGUUGCGUCAGCAUCGCCAAACAAGCAGCGAACGAACAGCAGCUGCUGAUGCAACUAGAAGAAAGCAAGCUCUACACAGCAGACAUCCGAAUCAGUGAGGAAAUUCACACACGGCAACAGCGGCAACACCAAUAG